AUUCCUACUUGCAGUACACAUUUAACCGCGCAACAGCUAGAAGCUUCUGUAGUAUCUUUUGAACGUUCUUAAGUACUUGGAUCCUUACUCGAGUGUUAUAUCUUUUCGUAAAAGAAAUCUGUGAAAAUGCGUUUGGGUGCAACCGUUCCAAAUUUCAAGGCUGAAACCACCAAAGGACCAAUUCAGUUUCAUGACUGGCAGGGAGAUUCAUGGGUGGUACUCUUUUCUCAUCCUGCUGACUUCACUCCUGUUUGCACAACGGAAUUGGGAAGAAUUGCUUCCCACAAUGCUGAAUUUGUGAAAAGGAACGUAAAAUUAUUGGCUCAUUCAGUUGACAAAGUUAAAAGCCACAUUGACUGGGUGAACGACAUCAAAUCAUAUUGUCCUGAUAUUCAUGGAGAAUUCCCAUACCCGAUCAUUGCUGAUGAGGAUCGAAGUUUGGCUGUGAAAUUUGGUAUGCUCGAUGAACAACAGAAAAAUGAUCCAGAAAUUGCUAAAACUGUUCGGGCUUUGUAUAUUAUUAGUCCUGAUCAUGUAGUUCGUCUUUCGAUGUUUUAUCCAAUGUCAGUUGGCCGCAAUGUUGAUGAAAUUAUUCGUUCUAUCGAUGCCUUGCAACUCACUACUCGAAUUACGCAAAUAGCGACCCCUGCAAACUGGACGCCUGGGACGAAAGUGGUGAUUGCUCCAACUGUAUCAGACGACGAGGCCAGAAAACUUUUCCCUGGGGGAAUUGAGUUUGUCACUAUGCCUUCGGGUCAAAACUACGUCCGAACUACGACUCAUUACUCAUAAAUCUUUAAGAAAAUAAAUUUAUGUUAUUAUUGAAAUGUUAUCAAUGAGGUUUUCAAUUUUUACCUAAACAAUAAAUAAUUAACCAAUUACUUGA